AUGUUCACUACGUCAUCCGAUAUAAUUCAGAGAGAAGCUGUUUUGAAUAAUACAUGUACGGCAAUCCUGAGUGGUACAGUGACUACUCUACUAUACCUUUCAAAUGCACCGCCAUUUCCUUAUACAUACUAUCAAUAUUCAUUUCUUGCCACAUCGGCUAAAACAACAAUGAUACUGGCUCUACGCCAAGAUCCUAGCUAUAUGUGUCUAGAUGACAUUUCAGUCACCAACAACGGCACAGAAAUGUGGCAAAAUGGUGGUUUUGAAUUGAAUUCCUUGACUCAAUACUAUACUUAUUGUAAUCCGAAUGCGGCUAGUUCUAGUGGUACCAUAUCAACAACAUGUCCUCAUUCAGGUAGCUACAGUUUCUACGAUGGCUCAGUAAGAUAUUCAGAUUAUCUUAGUCAAUCGUUCUCAACGGUGAUCGGUUCCAACUAUAACAUCAGUUUUUGGCUAGCCAAUCUGGGUGGUGGUCUGAACAGCUUCCUGGCUAUCAUAGGUGGAUAG